AUGAGUACACCCAAACACACGAAUCAUCCACCAGAGGAGACACCCCAAGUCGGCACCAAUUGGUGGGCCGAAAAGUCGGCGAUCAAAGCCGGCGUGGAGGUGGCAAAUGCAGAAUACGUCGACUACUUGAAACAGAUGAUCGCCAGCCUCCUUGAAAAUCAAAUGAACCUCUCGGCGGCCCUCGAUGAGACGCGGGAGGCCUGUGCUCAGUUGAAUUUGCAAAAAUCGGAGCUGGAGGCCUCGAGCACCCAAGAGGUGCAGGUGUUACAAGCCGAAUUGUGUAUGUGCAGACAACGUGAGGCGGAGAUGGCGCUGGCUUACGAGGAUUUGCGGAGUCGUGUGGAGGCCAUCGACCAAGUCAUUGAACAGAUCCCAUGGCUUGACGUCCUCUUCAACUCCGACGACCCUCUCCCUGCCCGUCUUAAGGCGUUAAAAUGUGAGGACGAGGAUGUGGAGACAGGGGUGACAGCAAGCGAGCCUCGUGUCUCGCAAACCUCCGCCAACUUCCGCUCUGCCAGUUACGAUGCUGAUGCUGACGCAGAUGACGACGAUGAUGAUGAGGCCGAUAUUGAUGUAGUGGAAGGUGACGUCACGCCGCAUCACCAUCAAGUUCCCCUCUCUGCUUGGCAUCGCUCUAAACGUACUGGAAGUGCCUCCCCACUGAGCGAUAGCGGCUGCACCUCUGAGAGUCACGAUGAAAUUUCACUAGCCUCACUCAACAGCACACACAGCAGUCCACAUCUAGCUGUUCUUCGUAGACGACUAGAAGCCCAGCAACAACAGCAGCAACAGAAUGGUGAGGUGCGAAUGCGCAGAUCGCUACAACACGCACCACUGAAGCGUUCUGCUACCUCCGCUAUCGUCAGUGGUGGUGGUAGUAGAGGGAAAGAAGGAUGGAGACUGGGGAGGAUUACGGAGUCAUUGCGGGCAUCAAUCUCGCGGUUUGCAGAUAAGUCGGAGUGGAAGAUGGAAGCACUUGCAGCGAGACAACGCGAAGCCAGAGCGCUGGUGCUGCUGAAUGAGACGCAAGCCGAGGUUCGAAAGGUAGAGUCACGCUGCAAAGGCCUCACCCGACGACAGAAUGAACAGGAGUUGAGGAUGAAUGAGAAGGAGAAGGAGAUUGAACGCCUCCUGAGUCAGGAGCGCGAGCUUCGGAACGAUCUACGCAACUGGCAGCAACGAGUUUUCCAACUUGAAGCUGAGACUCAAGAGAUUCGUCACAACUGCCAGAUAGCCGAACUGGAAAUGAAGUCACGCCUUCUAGAGGCCAGCAUGCUGGCAGCCGAUCCGACAGCUAAGGCGACACUACACAAUCCCGCCAGUCUCUUCUCUGAGGACGUCAUUCGAGUCAAGGUAACAGAUGAGACUACCACCCCCACAACAACCACCCCAUCCACCGCCACUAUCACCACCCCCGCCCCCGUCUCUCUCCGUGGAUUAUCUCACGAGGACGCCAGUAGACCUCCAAAAUUCUCCCGACCCUCGUUGCAGGGGAGACCGCAGUUUGCCUCCACUACAAGUCUCUCGCGUCUCUCUUUGGCAUCGUCCAGCCAGACACAAAAAAAUACAUCAGGAAUGAGCCGACCCGCCUCCAGCCUCCAACUCAAUCACCCCUCGGGCAGCAGUGGUGGCGUGUCGUGUCGAGGCCGCAGCAGCAUCCUCACCACCUCCUUUGGCUCGCUCUCCGAGCUAGAGCUCACAUCCGAUGUAUGA